AUGGCCCACAUCGCCCAAACUCGUACAGACUCGAUGGCUACCGUAUGUGACGAGGCCGUACCACGCCUUCCAGAUGACUGGACUCUAUGCGUCCACCCCCAAGGAUUUAUUUAUUUCUACAAUGCGAAAUGCAAGGUCGUGAUAGAUGCUGAUCUACGGGACACCGAUAUCUGUCGAAAGGCCACCGACCUCUGCUCGACGGGGCUUCCUGACCUUGCAGAAGGCACGGAGAUGCAUGUCCAGUUUUUGGACCACUUCUCCGGGAACGACAAUCGGGUUGAAAUGGAACCCGCUCCCUUGUGUCUCCUGGUCAACCACACACAUUGCGUAGCCUCCUACGUAUCUGGUCUACCUUCCGCUAAGAACGUUGACCUGAAUUUGCUUCCGCUGGAUCCAAAUCAGUUGAACAGACUGCGGCGGAUGUACUGGAGCUAUCUAUGGAACCACCCUGCUCAUACACCUCUUCCGGAGCGUGCUAUAAAGGAUGCAACAGAUGCGAUCACAUGGUUCUAUACGGACAACCUCAUUUCUGGCAGGCGGAGCGUUGUACCUUUCUCCAAGAAAGAAUGCGAAGAAUUGAGCGAGGUUUUGAAGGGAUUCAGCCUCUCUCAAAGCGACGGAUCUGUUGCCAAAAUUGUGUUUCUAGCCUGGCUCCUUCGCGAAGUCUGCAGUUUCCGCGACGCGGAGCAAUAUGGGCAACUUACUCGUAAAGAAGGGAGCGAUUUGCGCCUAGCCAGGCAUGAUUCCCGCCCUGUGGUCCGAAAGCCGGGGCAAAUUAUCCUUCCCGUUCUCGGCAUAAUCAUGAACAUACUGUUCUUCGGUAUACCGUGGGCGUACCUGGCUCAUAUUGAAGACACCACGAAGUUCAAGGGACGCCUGGAAUAUAUGCAAAAUAAUUGGGAGUGUUAUAUCAAUCGGCUCGUUCGGGAAUAUUCUCAUUUCUUGCUGAUUUCAACCGUGCUACUCUCCGCGACGGUCAGUUUCUUGGCGAUCGAGAACAUCAACCAAGUGGCCCGUGUUGGUGCUACGAUCUCUGCGUUCGCCUCUCUUGGUAGCAUCAUUGUCGGCGUCUUCUCAAUCUGGAAACACCAAAUCAACACCACCACUGGAGGUUCCUUCACAUACAUGUACAAUGCUCGCCAAAAGUUCCUCGGCCAUCACGGACACGCCAUGCUCCUCAGUCUGCCUGCCGUUCUCCUCAUUUGGGCAAUCACUACAUUCACACUGGCUAUGGUGGCGUACACACUGCAAGGGAUCACUGAUCUAGACGUAUACGAUCUGAAAUCAUCGUGGAUAGUCGUCUGCUCGUUUAUUGUCGUGUUGGUCUGCGUGUUCCUUGCUCUACAUACCCUCACUACGUUGUGGAGUACGCGGAGACAGUCACCGGAUGGCUUGUGGCGGAGGCUGAAGGUGUGGUGGUCGAAGCCAGAAUUCAAGGCCAGUAAGAACGCGGGCGCGAUGGCGUAG